ACAUGUAUGACGCAGUGAGGUGGAGUUUAGGAGUACAGCAGGAUUUAAAAGUGUGGAGUAAUGAACAUCUGGAAAUAGAAUAGAGAAGCACCUUAUGUGUGUUGUAUCUUUAAUUUACAAAUACUUUCAGUUGAACUGUGUUAGUUUUGAAGCUGUCUACGGCCAAAUCCAGAACCUCUGCAUCUGAAUUGAAGUGUGUUCAUGAACAUCUGGAGCUGACUAACAUUACUGACAAGAUGUCUUCAGUGUUUUCAGUGUUCUGGACGCUCCUGCUCCCCCUGCUGGUUGGAAGUAUUCCUAUUUCUCAGGAGCUUUUUCCGACAGACUGCUCUGACAUCUACGAUAACGGACAAAAUCUCAGUGGCAUGUACACAAUCUACCCUACAGCAGACACGCCUGUACAGGUGUACUGCGACAUGGGAUGUGGGGAAAGCCAAACAAAAGACGGAAAGUGGACGGUGUUUCAGAGGAGAAUGGAUGGCAGUGUGAACUUCUACAGACCAUGGGGACACUACAAGAAAGGGUUUGGGAACAAGUACGGAGAAUACUGGAUAGGAUUGGAGAAUCUUUACCAACUCACACAUAAGAGGAAAUAUGAGCUGAAAGUGGACCUGCAGGACUUUGAGGGCGUGUCGGUUUACGCUCAAUACACUUCUUUCUCUGUGGAAUCUGAAGCUGACGGCUACAAACUCCAUAUUAGCGGCUUCAUCAAUGGAGGUGCAGGUGAUUCCAUGGCGACAAACAACGGACAGAAAUUCUCCACCUUUGAUAAAGACCAAGACUUGCAUCCGUCAAACUGUGCUAAACGCUUCCUCGGGGGAUUUUGGUAUAGUGACUGUCACAGCUCUAACCCAAACGGGAUAUACCUGUGGGGACGUGACGAAACUCAUUACGCCAUCGGAAAUGUGUGGUACCACUGGAAAGGCUAUGAUUAUGGUCUCAAAUACAUCGCUAUGAAGAUCAGACCUGUGUCUGUAGCACAGUGAUGACUUUCUCUUUAUAACAUCGCUGAUGUUGAUUGUGAUCUUGGAGGAAGUGGUGUUGAAGUGAAGGUGAUGUUCCUGGUGGUGGAGGAUGCAGAUGUUACCAACACAACAGUUUUACAGUGUUUUCUAAUGCUUGCUAAUAGUAUGCAGAUCCAAUACAUACUAAAUGUAAUAUUUCGGAAUGCCUUUGGUGUAUUUAAAUUGUAAUUAAGCUAUAUGUAAAUAUAUAUGAAAUGCAUUUAGUUGUGCUUUUUUACACUCAAGAUAUUAGACUUAUAAUUUAAUUUAUAGAUGCAGUUGUUAUUAUAUACAGUGGCUUAGUGGUCAUGUUUGCCUCACACCUCCAGGGUUGGGGGUUUGAUUCCUGCCUUGUGAGCAUGGAAUUUCCAUGUUUUCCUCCGGGCACUCCAGUUUCCUGAUUGUUAUUCCCAAAUUGUCCAUAGUGUGUGAAUGGGUGUGUGAGUGUGUGUGCGAUUGUGCCCUGAGGUGGGUUGGCACCUCGUCGCCUUGUGCCCCAAGUCCCCUGUGAAAGGCUCCAGGCUCCCUGCGACCCUGUGUAGGAUGAAUGAUACAGAAAAUGGAUGGAAAUAAUUGAAUUGUAGCUCUUUGGUGCAAUUUAAAUGUGAAACACAAUUUGAUGUGUAAUUUUGAAAGGUAUUACUGUGAAAUGAACGACUGAUACAGACGUACAGAGUAUAUACACUUAAACCUGCAGUACUGAACUUUUACUUUGGUUAAAAUGAACAAAAAUCAAUUAUUGAGCAAGUACAAAUAUUAAUAGUAACGGUAAGAUUAAAAUAAUAAUUUAUAAAUCCUGGCGUCGGGUCGGAUUUCGUGGGACAUGUCAGUUUGACGUCAUUCGUCUUUGCGUGGUUACGUCACGUCCGUAAACAGAAAGAAGAAGAGCAGGCUACUACUGUAUAAUGCGUUCGUGGGGGCUGAGGAUGGUGGAGUGUUUGUAGCUUGUUCUUACAAGAGUUGCUUAGAAUUUAAACUUGUCAUCUCGAUGACUGCUUUAAUCUGGAUAAGUUCUAAACACAAUCAUCGUUCACAUCUCAGGAAUCAGCUGCUGUCAAAACCAAGAUGCCUCGAACUUCUGCGAGCCUGCAGUCAAAAAGAGAAAGCCACAGAGCCCGUGUUAAAUGAGAAUAAAUAUCGGCAUGUCUUUCGAGAGCUGCUGAAAAUGCAGGGAUCUGAAGUGAUUGAAGACUGACUCAGUGAUGGCUUAUUUUUCCAGACAUUUCAGCGGCUCAAUAGGUAGCUAGCUAACAUUAGAUUUAUCUAGGUAUCGAGUUCCUAUGUUGUUGUUUUUGUUUGGUUGUUUGUUUUGCUGUGGUCAAUGUGGUAAAUUGCACUUAUUUCUGCUAGCUUUUUUAGAGAGAGUAAUUCACCUCUACUCCAAGAAAACCUUAUCCACGGCCACCUCGGCUGUCAAGUAUUGGAGCGAAUAUAAAACCCAUACAAAUACCUCAAACCAUCAGAUUAAUCUGUAAAAGUUUUUUUUUUAUGUACAACCCACAUAAAAAAAGAACUCAUGAAUAAAUAAGUUAUUUUUUUAAUGUGGGUUGUGCUUCAGCACUGCUCUACACAGAUGAAUCUGAGAUGGCAAUAGAGAGGUAAAAGUUCCGUACUGCAGCUUUAACUAUGCCUAAUUUUUGCAAGGAGAUACAAAGUAUUAAUUCAUUUGUACGUUUUAUUUUAGGAAAUAAACGUGUUUUAAUAAACAGAAUAUUGGCCUUCA